UGCCAGUCCAUGGAAGUCGCCAUCUUGAGAAAUGAUGCAUGAUGGGAAGAGCUCGCUCUGCACCCUGGGAAAUGUUUCCAUGGGUUCCCCUGACAACAAUCCUUAUCCUCAUCCGCGACUUUUAUUAAAAUUCUCUUAAAACCUACGGUUUAAUCGCAUUUAUCUUGCAUUUUGAUCCUUACAACUCGACAUAAUGAUCCCACCAAACGCAUCCCUGGUCAAAUAUGACAACCCAGUUCUUGUCAGCAGAAAUACGGAGAAGAAAACACCUCGGGCAAGAGCUCUCAAAACGUCACCUCAGCAGCCCACCAAUGCUGGCCCUGUACCCAACCCUCCUCCCAAGGGAGGUAGCAAACUUCCACCCGUAGAAUCACAGAAAGCUCAGCAGACAGAUGAAAUACUCAACUCCAUUUUGCCACCUAGGGAAUGGACAGAGUCUGGUCAGCUGUGGGUUCAGCAGGUGUCCAGUACCCCGGCCACUCGGUUGGACGUGGUCAACCUACAGGAGCAGCUGGACAUGAGGCUGCAGCAGAGACAGGCCAGGGAGACUGGUAUUUGCCCUGUCAGGAGAGAGCUUUAUUCACAGUGCUUCGAUGAGUUGAUCCGUCAGGUGACCAUCGAGUGUGCCGAGCGCGGCCUUCUCCUUCUCAGGGUCCGAGACGAGAUCAGGAUGACCAUAGCUGCUUACCAGACCCUCUAUGAAAGCAGUGUAGCCUUCGGUAUGCGCAAGGCACUGCAGGCUGAGCAGGGCAAGUCAGAUAUGGAGAAGAAGAUCACAGACCUUGGGCAAGAGAAGCGAGAGCUUGAGCGACAGGUCAACGAACUCAAGGCCAAGUGCGAGGCCAUCGAGAAGAGAGAGGCCGAGAGGAGACAAGUCGAGGAGAAGAAACACGCAGAAGAGAUCCAGUUCCUUAAGAGGACUAACCAACAGCUUAAGACACAACUUGAAGGUAUAAUUGCUCCAAACAAGAAGUAGGGUGACGGGCGAUUCCUAUAGUGGACUCUUCACUGUAUACUUGUACAAAGUGAUAUAGGUAGAACUACAUAUUCUUGAAUCCGACCUUGUAUAUAAUUAUACAUAUAUAUUUGUGGAGUAGAGUUAGUAAAUAUUGAAUUAAAAAGAAUAUGCACUACCCUGCAAUCAAUAUCAAAUAAUGAGGAUGUCUUGUACUCUGAUAUUUAUUAUUUCUGGAAGAGAUUACUUGUGAAUCGUUUAUUUUUUUCAUUGAUGAGCAUUCUUAGAAAAGAUGUUGUUUCAGGUUUUAGAGGCAGACUUUUCACUUUUCUACUUUCUGAUUCUCAAUUUCCUCUCUGUAGCUGAAUAAGUUUGUAAUACUCAUCUUCACAAUUUUUCAUUACUUCUUCUUUCGUAUGUCAGGCAGUUUCUGAAUCACAUGUAAAAGCACAUCGGUUUGUUUGAAA